GGACAGCGCUCCGGGAUGGGCUCCGCUGCGGCCGCAGCUCGGAGCCGCCGGAGCCUCGGGAAUUGCGGCUGGCUCGGGGUGAAUUCCCUGGGAACAGGCUCCCGGCGGCUUCAGGAGCUCCUUCCGAAGGAAACCCUCGCUGAAGAAGGAACAAAAUGGCAAGAAAAAGCUGCCCAGCUUUUUUGGGAUAGACGGAGGCCAGGAAAGAGACACGACCACGGACAAAAUCCUGCAGUAUAUUCCAGCCAAGAUUAUUCAGAAGCAGGAAAACCAGAAGGAAAACUUGGACCAGAGGUUCCCCAGCCUGUUCAAGAAGGGCCGAAGGAAAACGAUUGUCAGGAAUUUGGGCAAAAUGAUUUAUUACUCCAAGGUCAAGUUUAAGUUCCAGCACUGCCAGGAGGUCAACCACUGCUUCCUGGAGCUGUUCCAGUCCUACCUGUACUUCCAGUCCACGGGUCCCAAUGGCCUCACCUACCAGGGGCUGCUGCCUCUGAAGGAGCUGGAGGUGCAGGAGCUGGGGGCUGGGCAGAGCCCCGGGCAGCAGGAGCACGCUUUCCACAUCUCAGGGCCUCUGCUGAACCCCCUGGUCGUGUUCUGCCCCUCGGAGGCUGAGCUGAAGCAGUGGCUCUACCACCUGGAGAAGCAGAUCCAGCUCUGUGGAGGGGGCCUGGCCUUGCCCCUGCUGUCCCAGAGCGGCUGGACACCGAGCACCGGUGACAAGGAGGAGCUGCGCUGGUCCGUGCAGAACCUGCCCGUGCAGGAAUGGAGAGGAACCCAGCGGGAAUCCCUGGGAGAAAUCCUCUGUGUCUCCAAGGUGAAGCUCCAGCACCUGCCCUUCCAGGAGCAGCAUGACCGGCUCCUGGUGCUCUACCCCUCCACGCUGGUGAUCGUGUCCGAGGAGCCCGAUGGCCUCUGUUUCAAGGGAGAGCUCCCACUCAACGCCAUCCAGGUGCUGUUCGAGGAGAACGACAAAAGCUCCUUUUUGAUCGAAGGCCGACUGAUCAACUCCAUCCGGGUGACCUGUCGCAGCUACCAGGACUACCAGGAGUGGCUCUACUGCCUGAAAACCGCGCAGUUCCGAAACGCAGACUCCUCCCUCUCGGGCUCCGAGAGCUUCUCGGGGCCAAAGCCGCCGCUCCCCGGGCAGUUCCCCAGCAGUGGCAGAGGGUCCCUCAGCUCGGAAGGCCGGACGAACUCGUGGGCGUCGGGAGGGAGGGUGACCACGCUGCCGCAGCUGUCCCAGGCCAGCGGCUCCCUGCCCGACGGCCACUCCUUCCUGCUGGCCACCGAGGGCCGGCUGCUGGAGGAGCCGCUGGCCCCUGGCUACUCCCAGCCCCUCCAUAGCCUGGCACAGCCCAGCUGGCCCAGCUCAGCGCUGUCCACGCAGGAGCUGCGCAGGGGGAACAGCGCCAGGAAAUCCAAGGGCAAGAGCAGCGGGCAGCAGCUGCCCAGCCAGGAGCCAGCCAGGAGCAUCUGCAGCCUCGUGUCCCAAAGCCCCGUGGCAGAAAUGCAGUCCCCGGUGUACCAGGAGCCCUACUCAGCACACGGCUCCCAGCUGGAGCUGGGCAGGCUCCUGCGAUGUCGCGGGCAGCCGGGAGCGGCCCCGGGGAGCGCAGGGCUCGUCCCCGGGCAGCAGCAGCCGCUGUCCCCGCAGCGGUGGCACUGCCAGCCCCGGCCAGGACCCACGGCCACCGGCGACAGCAGCCCGGGCACCCCGCGGCACCUGCGGGCACCUGCCCAGGGCUCCUACCUGGGGGAGGUGCGCUCCCUGCCCGAGGCACAGCCGGGCCCUUCCCUGCGGCCCCCAGGUGACAGCUCUGGUCCCCAGGAUGUGGCCGAUGUCCCCUGUCCCUGCCAGGACUCCCUGUCCCAGCACGACUACGCUGAGCUCCAGAGCUUCCAGAGCUUCCAGAGCUUGCAGAGCUUCCAGAGCGACCUGAGCUACGACAACCUGUGGGAGGCUGAGGAGAGGGAGCCGGGCUCGCGCUGCUGCUCCCCGUGUGCCCAGCACAUUUACCACGUCUAGGGCAGCUCCAGCCGGGGAACAGCUCCGGGCUCUAAAUCCCUGGGAUUCACUCUGGGAUCAGGGGCCCAGGGAUGUGAUGGGAACAGCCCUGAGCUCUGAUCCCAGCAGCCUGGCAGCUCCAGGGCUCCAAUCCCUGCCCCAAAUCUGGGAUGAAGGGAAGGGAACAGCCCUGAGCUCUGAUCCCAACAGCCUGGCAGCUCCAGGGAUCCAAUUCCUGCCCCAAAUCUGGGAUGAAGGGAAGGGAACAGCCCUGAGCUCUGAUCCCAACAGCCUGGCAGCUCCAGGGAUCCAAUUCCUGCCCUAAAUCUGGGAUUUGAGGAAGGGAACAGCCCUGAGCUCUGAUCCCAACAGCCUGGCAGCUCCAGGGCUCCAAUUCCUGCCCUAAAUCUGGGAUGAAGGGAAGGGAACAGCCCUGAGCUCUGAUCCCAGCAGCCUGGCAGCUCCAGGACUCCAAUUCCUGCCCUAAAUCUGGGAUGAAGGGAAGGGAACAGCCCUGAGCUCUGAUCCCAACAGCCUGGCAGCUCCAGGGCUCCAAUUCCUGCCCCAAAUCUGGGAUGAAGGGAAGGGAAGAGCCCUGAGCUCUGAUCCCAACAGCCUGGCAGCUCCAGGGCUCCAAUUCCUGCCCUAAAUCUGGGAUGAAGGGAAGAGCCCUGAGCUCUGAUUGCCAUGGCCUCUGAGCUCCAGGGCUCCAAUUCCUGCCCUAAAUCUGGGAUGAAGGGAAGGGAAGAGCCCUGAGCUCUGAUCCCCAUGGCCUGGCAGCUCCAGGGCUCCAAUUCCUGCCCCAAAUCUGGGAUGAAGGGAAGAGCCCUGAGCUCUGAUCCCAGCAGCCUGGCAGCUCCAGGGCUCCAAUUCCUGCCCCAAAUCUGGGAUGAAGGGAAGGGAACAGCCCUGAGCUCUGCUCCUCCAGGCCUGGCACCUCCAGGGCUCCAAUUCCUGCCCUAAAUCUGGGAUUUGAGGAAGGGAAGAGCCCUGAGCUCUGAUCCUCAUGGUCUGGCAGCUCCAGGGCUCCAAUUCCUGCCCUAAAUCUGGGAUGAAAGGAAGGGAAGAGCCCUGAGCUCUGCUCCUCCAGGCCUGGCAGCUCCAGGGCUCCAAUUCCUGCCCUAAAUCUGGGAUGAAGGGAAGGGAACAGCCCUGAGCUCUGAUCCCCAUGGCCUGGCAGCUCCAGGGCUCCAAUUCCUGCCCUAAAUCUGGGAUGAAGGGAAGGGAACAGCCCUGAGCUCUGAUCCCCAUGGCCUGGCAGCUCCAGGGCUCCAAUUCCUGCCCUAAAUCUGGGAUGAAGGGAAGGGAACAGCCCUGAGCUCUGCUCCUCCAGGCCUGGCAGCUCCAGGGCUCCAAUUCCUGCCCUAAAUCCGAGGGUGGGGGCAGAGCACAGCAGCCCCAGGCUCUGUGGGGCUGCAGGAGCAAGAGAGGGCUCAGGGAGAACAGCUUUGCCCCCUGAAAAUGGAGGAGCAGAAAGGGUCAGGCUCCCUCAGGUGAAAGGGACUCGGUGUCCAGAGGGAGCAGCCACUCAAAAACCAAAGAGGAGCCUGGAUUAGUUGGGUUCUUCUCCCCAGAGCCCGCAGCUGGUCCCUCUGAGCAGCCAAAGCUUCACCAGUGAGCUCUGGAGGCUCAGGACAUUCCCCACCCUGGCACACAGGGCUGGCAGCUCCCAGGAUUGUCCUCCUGCACCAUCAGAGGCAGCAGAGAGGGGAUGGAGGGGGAAAAUCCCCGACCAGAUCCGAGCACAGUGGGAUUUCCCUUCCACUUUAUGCCAGCAAAAUUCCUUCCUGCCGGUGCCACCAAACCUGGUGCCAGUAAAAAUGCCAGGUGAUCUGUGCUCCCUGAGGUCCUCCCUGCAGAGGAAACCCCAAAUUCCCCUCAGGGGAUCCCUCCCAGCCUCUCUGGGCUCACCCCAAACGCUGCCUGUGGAAAUUCCCUGCAGGAGAAACUCCGGGAUGGGCAAAGCCCCGCAGACAGAGCAGUGCCAGGGGAGCUGGCAUGUCCCUGAUGUCCCUCUGGGCCCCCCCAGAGCCAGGACAGGGCACAAACAAGGGACAGAAUCUCAGGGUUAUGAUUUUCCAGCCUCUUAGGCCAGAUCCUUUAGAAGGUCAGCAGCAAAUCCCAAUGUUUUCACCUGAGGCUCUAAAUUCUUAACCUUUGUUCCCUGCAGAGGCUGCAAAUCAAACACAGCAACAAAACCUCUGCUUUGGUUCUUCCUCUGCUGCAACCACAACAAUUUGUACUUGAAUAUCUCUGGUUGUAUUUUCUUUUUCUUUUUCUUUUUUUUUUAGGAGGUAUCCAACAAAGUUUACAUGUAAAGUCUGAGUGGGUUCUGUGUAUUUAAAUGUAAAUGUGGCUGAGUUGAAGAGCUAUUUAAUUUUCUAGCUGUGGCUGGUGUUCAGUUCUGUAAAAGGGGCACGCUCAGGGCCGUGUGGUCUCGGGUCUUGGAGCUGUUGUUGUUUUCUUUCAGGUUUGCUCUGUUUUGGGGAGAGGAUUUGUAGCUGAUAACCCCCCAAAGAUCUAUUUAUUCUGAACAAAACCGUGCUAGGAGACAUCUCAAAUGCCCUGGGAGGUCCCCAUGCCCCUGAGUGAGCACUCUGAGGGUCACCAUCAUAUUUUAAUGCCCUUACAACAGCAAUGAUCAAAGGGGGAGAUCCCUUUUCUGUUGAUAUUAAAGUUCCUCGUGGAUUUCUGUGAGAUUGGACAAUCCCAAUGCCAUCCCCUGGCAUCAUUUCCCUCUCUUUGCCAUCCUCUGCUUUGAUGGAGGUGAAUUUUUGCCCAUCACCGCUGC